AUGUGGCAUCUCUCCCACUUCUCCACCUCCGUGUGUUUCUUCAUCUUCUUCUUCUUGCUUCCUCACCAAACCAGUUGUUCCAUCACUCCAAUUUCCAUUGACUUAAUCAACACAACCUGUGACAGCUGUGCAAGCGAAUCCACCAUUUUUGAUUACGGCUUCUGUUUAGCCUCUCUCCAAGCAAUCCCCAUCAGCUAUGCCACAAACCUCCAAGGCCUUGCCAUCAUUGCAAUGGAGCUAGCCAUUGAGAAUGCCACCAGCACAGUUUCGGGCAUCAUAAAGCUGUUGAGCAAUGGGACUUUCGAUCAAUACACCACGCUGUGCCUUGAGGACUGCCUGGAGCUAUACAUUGAUGCAAUUGCAACACUGGGAAAUUCUAUUGGAACUUUUCUGUCUGGGCAGUAUGAUAUUGCCAAUGUAUGGCUGAGUUCAGUGAUGGAAGGAGCGAAGACGUGCGAGGGAGGAUUUGAGGAGAAAGCGGGCGGGGUUUAUCCAUUGACAAAGGAGAACUACAAUCUCUUCCAGUUGUGUGAUAUUGCUCUCUGCAUCAUUCAUAUGCUUUCUCAGCCUUUGCCCUCCUACUGAGCUAUGUACCGUUGCUCCUAUCAAAAGUUUGUUUAGAACGAAAUAUAUUUCUACUUGGACGCUUUUCCUUUCC